AUGGGAAUCCAGCAAGAAACGAGAAAAGAAGAGCGUGAUCGCCAGAACCAAAGAAUACUGUUUACAAAGCUCCAGCAACACUUCAAGAGAUUGGGACGUCCUCCCAAUCCGGAACAGGAAGCCAGAAUUAAGAAGGGUUUGUCGCAAUUAGUUUUUGCCGUCGAGACUCCCAAUCUUAUCGAUCGCUCCACAGCUAAAUCCAGAGCUCAACAACAGCGCAGGUUAAAGACAGAAAUAAAGACGAACCGGCCGCCGAACCGGCCGGUUCUUGAUCACGGCAAAAAAGUGAUUGUUAUUGAUGAUGAUGGUGGCGGGGUGGAUUGUUGUAAUACAAAAAAGGUUAAAGAAUCGGGAGAUCAUGAGUUCAAUUACAUUAGCCCUGAAUUAUCUGAUAUUGGGAGUCAAGGGUUGAUUAAUUCCCAUGAUUUGGAGCUCAUGCAACCUAGUAUAGUCUUUACUAAUCAAUUCUCUAUCGAUACAAUAGGUGAUAAGAAGUAUUCCAGAGAUGAGAUAUUCGAAUUUUCAUCAACUGAAGAAGUUUGUUUAGAAUUUUCUUGAAAGAGGG